CAUUUCAUAUCAAACUGAUAAAAAGGUGUAAUUUUUCGAAAAAUUAAUUAUUUGCGAUAAUUUCAACUGUUAUUGAGUUCUAAUUACUAUGUCGAUCGUUACGAUAACACCAUUGGAUCGUUCUAUGUUGUAAAGAAGUUUUCAAACGACAUCCGCCUCCGUACAAGCGCCUUCGAACCGCCGCUGCCGGUGAUGAAGAUGAACGAAGAAAUGGAUUUUCCAGACAUUUACGACUCUGCGACCUCUUUAGUUGAGGGAUGUCGCCUGCCGGUAAAGAUGAAAUACACUGAUGACUGGCCUUUGGCGGAGAUUGUCAGUAUCAGGGAACAUGUUGGGAUUAGGAUGUUUUAUGUACAUUAUAUUGAUUAUAACAAAAGACUCGACGAAUGGGUAACCGAAGAACGAUUAAACCCGAGAGAAGUGCAAUAUCCGAGGAAAGAUGGAACCACAGCAAGUACUUCAGGCGCCGGCGCUGGUCUCAGUACUCCAAAACGAAUUCAAGCCAGUACAAGUGUAGCUUCGAGUCAUCCUAGCUCUCCAAUUAGCCAAGAAAUACCUAACGAGGUACCAAUAUUAAACCAAGCGGUCCAUCAAAUCGAUCAACAAAAGAAAAUCGUUCGACGUAAAAAAUUAGCUUUCAAUCCGGAAGUGGAGGAGUCGAUAGAACCUUCUUCGGCGGUUAGUGGGCCCAGACAAACCGGUUCAAUGGCUGUUCAUAAUGACGAUAUAAUAACUAGAAUGAAAAAUAUAGAAAUGAUCGUAUUAGGAAAACAUCGAAUUAGACCGUGGUAUUUUUCACCUUAUCCGCAGUCUUUCACCAAGUUACCGUGCAUUUUCAUUUGCGAAUUUUGUCUAAAAACAAGACGAAGCGAAACAGCUCUGUUUAAUCAUAGGAGAAAAUGUACGUUGAGGCAUCCUCCGGGCAAUGAGAUUUAUCGUAAAGAUACGAUAUCAUUUUUCGAAAUUGAUGGCCGAAAGAACAAAAUGUACGCUCAAAAUUUAUGCUUAUUAGCAAAAUUGUUCUUGGAUCACAAAACAUUGUACUAUGACACCGACCCAUUCAUGUUUUACGUAAUGACUGAAUACGAUGAUGUGGGAUUUCAUAUAGUGGGCUAUUUUUCCAAAGAAAAAGAAUCCACCGAAGAUUAUAAUGUGGCUUGUAUUCUUACGAUGCCACCGUAUCAAAGGAAAGGAUACGGAAGGCUUCUAAUUGAAUUCAGUUACGAGUUGACGAAAUUUGAAGGGAAGACUGGAUCUCCAGAAAAGCCUUUAUCCGAUUUGGGACUUCUAUCAUAUCGUAGUUACUGGUCGCAGACCAUUUUAGAUAUUUUGGUCACGGUUAAACCUACUGAAGACAACGAAAAACCUCAAAUUACUAUAAACGAAAUUUGCGAACUGACCAGUAUUAAAAAAGAAGACGUUGUUUCAACGCUACAGAAUUUAAAUCUAAUUAAUUAUUACAAAGGACAAUACAUAAUAUCUAUCAAUAGGGAAACCGUAGCUAAUCAUAUCGCUUCUAUGGAGAGAAGGAAGCUUAGAAUAGAUCCUAAUUGUUUACAUUGGACACCGAAAGAUUGGUCCAAACGUACCAAGUGGUAGUAGAUUUUCUCGGCUCGGCUCGAUUUUUCACGCCAAUGAACUGAAUACUUUUUGUGAUUUUAUUUAUUUUUUCGUGCAUGAAGCUACGUAAUACGAUUUUAUUUCCAAUUUAUCGCGCCUAGAGUGAUGUAUUUAAAAGCAUACGCUUAAUACGUUUACUUAUAAUAAGUAGAUCUCGUUUUUUAAU